CAUCGCUUCAGGAGGAGGGCACGCACUCGGAGUGAAUGGACUGAAACGAAUCGGAAUUCUCUAUCUUCUGGCGUUACAGCCCUGGCACAGGCCGCCCACGAGCGACGCAAUCAUGCUUUGAUCCCUUCAUCCCGUCAUGAUCCCAUAAAGCCUGCGCACUCCUCCCCAUCUCGGUCUCCUUCCCGUCUCCCCCCAUCUCACCAGCUCGCCGCCGACCCUGCGAUCCUCCGCAAGGCGCCACACUAACUCACUAUCGUAUCCUCGUCCGAGAUCAGCGCUUUCGUAUAUGGAUUCCUCCGCUCAGACCUUCGAGUGGUUGGCGGACAUACCCCCGGUCAAGACGGAGCCUUCUCUUGACGCAUCGCUCUUCUACUCGCACUCUUCUUCCUCUCUUCCACAACAAUCCCUUCUUUCUUCAGAGCCGCGGAGGCCACGUUCAGCGACGACCCUCAGCAGCAGCCGCGUGCGCCCAUACCCCGCAGUCCUCAAGGCAAGCCGCUCCGAAGGCAACGGCGAACAUACCAGCAUGCCCUCUGGCUACACCAGUGGAUGGUCCUCGCCGCGCAUGGGCACCACCCGAGCAGGCUCGGACGGUGACCAGUACUACAGGCCAUACACAGCCCAGCAGCAAUCUGGCAGCUUCCCCGACAGCUCCUCCGACCACUCGGAGACUAGGCCGUCGUCGUCAUCGGGCUCCGGCAACCUUCACCCAAUGUACGGCGUCGUGGGGCCAGACGUAGGGCAUGCCAGCAACAAUGAUGUGUUUGGCAUGGGUGCGAUGAACUGGUCCGCGCAACAAGAUGCGAACACGUCCUUGUCGAUGUCCUACGCCGACACGCCCAGCCUGUCAUUCCAAAACGCUUCUGGUGCCACACUCACUCCCUCGUCGGCCUACAACGCGUUCGACCCGACCUUCGGAGGAGCGUUCCACACGCAUUCGCCGGAGUCCUUGUCGCCGCCGUCGACGCUGCCGGAUAGUUACACCGGCUACGGGAGCAACCUCGGAGGCCCCGACAGCCCGCACAGCGCCGCCUCGUUCAUGGGCACGUCGUACCCCGCGCCGUCCGACCUCGAGCAAGCCCUGGAGCGCAACCGGCAGCUCGAAGAGCGUGUGCACCAGCUGCAGGUGCUCUACGAGCAAUCCCAGGCCCAAGUCCGGCAGCUCAGCGCCGCUGCGCAGCGCACCGGCCCGCCGCCGCCCUCCCCCGCAUUCCAGCGCGAAUGGCACAACCGCACCGAGGCGCGCAUCCGCCAGUUCUGCGCCCUCAACCGCGCGGGGAACGCCCUCUGCGCGUGGCACGACUCCCGGCGCGAGCGCCGCGCAUACCCGCCGCGCAUGGCGCCCGCGGGGCACCUCAACUGCGGGUGCACGUACGAGGAGGCGCUCUUCGAGGAGAGCCUCGCGCGGCACGGCGUCGGCAGCUACCACCCGGGCGAGAGCGUGCGUAUGGACCCCGCGCUGCGCAACCCGCUGCUGCAGCUGCUCCAGGCGCGGUACGGGUACCGCGACGGGGACUUCGAGCGCGACCCGCGGACCGGCGACUGGAUCGAGGGCGAGGGCGCCGCGCGCUGGGAGCAGAGCGGUGCGCCGAACAAGCGGGCGCGGGCCCCUGAAGUCGGCCGUCGCUGAUGGGUGCGCGCUAGCUAGCCUGGCUCGCCUUCCACGCCUUUCCACACCCCAUCUUUCUUCGACUUCUUGAUCUCUGAUCUGCACCAAGGACCUUCUUUUCCCUUCGCCACGGUGCCCCCUCCCCUUCUAACCUAUU